CGCCGAGCAGCCCCGGCCAGACCCCACGAUGAUGCCCGCCCGCGACUCGGAGGUGGCGGCAGCCUCCGCCGUCCCCUACAGCUACUGCAGCCCGCCCCGUCCCUUGCCCGCCCGCCCGAAGUACAGAGAGCCGCUGGACGCCGCGGAGCCAGAGAAGGAACGCGUUCGUUACGCCAACCUCAUGUAUGACAGGAGGGUGGUGCGAGGCAACACUUACGCCCUUCAAGUCCCACCUGUGAGUAUCCAACCUGAUCCCUUUGAGAUUCGAAGGCAGAGGGAAGCACGGAGAAGAGCUCUGGCUAGAAAGCAUGCAAAAGAACAAAUUCAACGAAGAACACCUGAGCCUGUUGAAGGCAGAGAGCACAUUUAUGUGCAAACAGAACUGUAUUUGGAAGAGAUUAGCGACCAGGUAAUAGAGGUUGAUAUGGAAUGUCAAACAGAUGCAUUUUUGGACAGACCACCCACUCCACUCUUCAUACCAGCCAAAACAGGAAAAGAUGUGGCCACAGAAAUAGAAGAAGGAGAGUUGUUUGACUUUGACAUUGAAGUCAAGCCAAUUCUGGAAGUGUUGAUUGGGAAAACAAUUGAGCAAUCUUUGCUGGAAGUCAUGGAGGAAGAAGAGCUGGCUCAGCUGAGGGCACAGCAGCGUGCCUAUGCAGAGCUGCGUAAUGCAGAGCUUGCUGAAGUACAGCGCCUGGAAGAGCAGGACAGAAGAUACAGAGAGGAAAAGCAACGUCGCAAACUCCAGCACAUGCAAAUGCUGCAGAAACAGAAAGAGACUACGGAGAAAAUUGCAGCUCGGGCAUUUGCUCAGCAUUACCUGUCUGAUCUCAUUCCUGCAGUCUUAAGUAAUCUUCGUGAAAGUGGGUUAUUUUAUGAUCCUAUACAAAGAGAUAUUGAGACAGAAUUCUUUCCAUGGCUGAUGACAGAAGUGGAAGAAACGCUAGAGAGGAAGGUUCUGGGGAGGACAAUACUAGACUCCUUGAUUUCUACAGUGGUUGAAAAACGCUUAGAGGAAUUUAGCCAUACACCUUUGGUUGUACCUGCUGAAGAGCCCACGCCAACAGAUGCAGCCCCUCAGGUGGUUGGUGAGACGGACAUUGCUGACCAGCCAGUCACAGAGAAAGAAGAGAUUGACCAGCCUGAGGAACAGCCUUCACACCUCCAGUUAGAAGAAGCAGAUGUAGCAGAAACAGGAUAUGAAGACUGAGUAACAAGCAGGCAAGUCAUCAGGUAAAUGGACAUUAAUGUCGUAGCUGAAAGAAGAAAGGAAUUCCUAUCUAUUUUCAAGUAUUCUGCCCUAGCCACGCUGAAAGAUGAACCUAAGCAACACUAGAGAGAGCAUUAAAGUGUCUUUUCCAUG